AUGGAUGUGCUCUCCGAGAUCGGCGCCCCCACGAUGGCGAUGGCAUCGGCGUUGUCGAUUGCUGCUGGAGCGUAUUUGAACGCCAAACUUGCGAUUUCCACUGAUCUGGCGACAAUAUCCAAGGACAAGGCUUUUGUAAAGCGGGUUGGCGAACGUAUUGCCAAGCUUGAUGGCUCAGCAACGAUCUACAAGAUGCUCGAGCGAGUGGUGGAGGUCGAAGGAAAGGGCACGACAGAUGCGAUCUGGUUUGAGCAGAAUGUAUGGUCAUACAGCAAGCUCAAGGAUUUGGUUGACAGAAUGGCCGCUCUAUUGAAAGGCCGAGAUAUCAAUGCCGGCGACACAGUGGGCGUGUUCGCCUCCAACUCACCAGAAAUGGUGGUCAUUCUGUACGCUCUCUCAAAGCUGGGUGCAAUUUCUGCCAUGAUCAACACCAACCUGCGAGACGACACCUUCACCCACUGCCUGAACGUAUCAGGCUCCAAAUCAAUCAUCUCCACUGCAGAUCUAGCCAAAGACGUCUGCGUAGACCUACCCCAUCUCACACUGAACAUCUCAUCCUUCGGCGCCAUCGAAACCGGCCCCGUGGAGCUCCUCACUCUAGAAACACUGCAACAAUUCUCACCCACCGGCCUCCCAGCAGCAAAACGCACACCAAAAGACCUCUCCGUCCUGAUAUACACAUCAGGCACAACAGGAAAGCCCAAAGCAUGCGCAAUCCGCAACAUGCUCACCCUAAUCACCUCAACCCCAUUAUCAACAGACGCCAACAACCCCUCAAAGUACUACCCCAUGCGCAUAUACUCAUCCCUCCCUUUAUUCCACGGCACAGCCUUCUUCACAGGACUAUGCGGCGCCGUCGGGAACAGCGGCACACUAUGCCUGCGUCGCAAAUUCUCCGCCUCGCAAUUCUGGAAAGAUGUGCAUGAUUCCGGCGCCACGCGAAUCCUCUAUAUCGGCGAGUUAUGUCGGUAUCUUCUCUCCACGCCUCCUUCCCCUUAUGACCAGGACCACAAAUGUAUCGUGGCAACGGGCAAUGGGCUCCGUGGUGAGAUCUGGGAGAAAUUCCGAUCGCGCUUCAACGUCCCUGAGAUUCGUGAGUUCUACCGCUCAACUGAGGGCGUGGCCAAGUUCGAUAAUCACGGUGUUGGUGCGUGGGCUGCUGGAAAGGUUGGGUUCUCGGGUCCUAUUCGGCGGUUCUUGGAGGAUGAUACUUUCAUCGUGAAAUAUGAUACCGAUACCGAGAUGCCGUGGCGCAAUCCUGUCACUGGGUUUUGUGUUCGAUCUGGGCUGGGACAAGAAGGCGAGGCGAUUGGCCGAGUGCGUGAUCGCGAUUUGCUCAUUGAGUACCUGGGCAAUGAAGGUGCGACCGAGGCGAAGCUUCUUCGAGAUGUGUUUGUGAAGGGCGACCUGUUCCAAAGGACUGGUGAUCUGGUUGUUCAGGAUGAAUCUGGCUGGGUGAGAUUCCAGGAUCGGGUUGGCGAUACUUUCCGGUGGAAAGGGGAGAACGUGAGUGCUGGUGAGAUCCGUGAUCAUAUCUGUCGGAUUGAAGGCGUGCACGAUGCUGUUGUGUACGGUGUGAAGUUGAGCAGCUAUGAUGGUCAAGCUGGCGCUGCUGGUAUCACACUCGAGUCACCCGCAGUUGAAAAUGAGUUGAUGUCCACUCUGUAUGAUGAGCUCAAGAAGAAGGGUGUGCCCUCAUAUGCCUUGCCUCGACUUGUCCGCCUUACCGAGAAGGUUGCCACUGGUGUUACAUUCAAGCAAGCCAAGGGCGACCUGGUGAAAAAGAGUUGGGAUCCCCGCAAGGAUUCCGCUGGCGACAUCCUGUACUGGCUGGACGGCACCAAAUACGUGAAGCUGGGGGAGCAAAGUUGGUCAGAGAUCGAAAGUGGCAAGGCUAAGCUCUAA